UAUAUAUUGCAAGAAUAAUUAAUAAAAGCCAAGCACUUAUAAACUAAUAACACCGUUAAUCAUUAUUAUUAUACAAAUUCAAAAAUAAUAGUAGCGCUGAAAAUAAAUUAAUUUAAUACACGCAAGCCGCCAGCAAACGCAAAAGAAAAGCAGCAGCCAACAACAACAACAACAACAAGAACAUCAACAGCCAACAGCAGCAAGGAAACAAAUUUUUACAAGGUCAACGGAUUUAAUUUUUUUAAAUGGAAAUCAUUCCUGAAGGUAAACACUUUCGUUUGGUGCAUGAAUCAGAGCUUCCAGAAAUUUUGGUGUAUUUAGAACGCUAUCUGCCGGAAUCAUUAAAGUUUCAUCAAACUAUAAAAACGUACCUGAAUGAUCGUGUUUGGGACUUCACUUUUUAUGUUGCUAAAGAUUGGCCCGAAAAACCUAUAAUUCUACAUUUUCCAGGAUGUACGCUAACGCCCAACAACAAUAUAUACCAAAGCUUUGGCAUAUUUUGUCCAUCCGCACAAAUCGAAAAUGUCGAUCUUAUGCGCACCGAAGAUGUACUUAUAGAUUGGCAAAAGCAAUUGUACCUGAACUUUACGCACAUCGCUAUUAUGAAUCGCCUGGAUGAUUUCUAUUCAAAAAUGGGCAUUAUGGAACGACUGAGCGGUGAUAUCUAUGUGUGUGACAAGCUCAAUACCUCCUUGGAGCUUGAGCCCUUGCCAGAGGAUGCCGUUAUGCGUCCGCUAACUCUAGAGGACGUCCAGGGCAUACACGAACUAUAUCCGGCCAAUGAAAUCGAAUGCGUUAAGGUAUUUGACAUACUAGUGCGUGUGCUGCCCGGCUUGGGUAUAUUUCGAAAGGAUACAAACGAGCUGGCCGCAUGGAUGGUGCACUCAUAUUAUGGCGCAAUGUUUUCGAUGCAAACACGUCCAGAUUAUCGGCGUAAGGGUUAUGGUAUUCGUUUGGCUAUGGCGCUGACUAAGCUCGUGAUAGAGCGAGGCUACACGCCCUUCGUUGUGAUACGUCCACAGAACGAUGCUUCCAGAAAUCUGUACACGAAACUCGGUUACGUCAAGGCCUUUGAGACGUGCCGCGUGAAAAUGACGCCCGACGGCUACGAUGAUGAUACUGUCGGCACUAUAACUAACACAUCCUAUGGCCAAUUUCCACCACUACCUCAGCUGGAGUGUGUUGUUGUUGCGGUGGGCAAGCAUGUGCCGGGCGAGAGUCAGACUGUGGAUGAGGGCAUCGAGGACAUGUUGGCUGAAAAAUGUGAUAUCAGCAACGAAGAGGCUAGAGAGCGUAAGACAACUACUGAUGAAGGCAUCGGCGAGGAUAAGUAGAAACUGGCUCCAAGAGCCACCAAAAUUAAGCAAGGGCAGGGACACAGGGAGGGAGAUGGAGAGACAGAGACAGAGACAGAAAGAAGAACAGAUGGAGAAUCAAGCGAGUAGGAAGCGCAUGCUUAGAGCGUCUUUAUAGUAGAGUGUGUUUAGAUCUGAAGAGCACUUCCUUAGGUAGCAGUUGGAUACGCCAUAAGAUAUACUUACAAGUAAAUGGGAAUAGAUCGACCACAUAGCCAGGUUUAAGUGGCGUUGAUUUUUUAACAAUUAUAUAAAGUAUAUCUACAUAGUAUUUACAUAUACAUACAUACAUAUAUAUUUAUAGAUGGUAUAUGAAGCUUCCUCACACAAAACGCAGCGUGUUUUCAACAAACUUGCAAGCUAAAACGAGUGUUAAUCAAAUGAUUUAUUUUAUAUAUAUAAUGUCACACAGUAGAGGGAACGGGAGGAAUGUGAAAAAAUAAACAUUUAUGCAAUUCUACGUAAAGAACAAAUAAUAAUAUAACUGGAACACGCUGUCUAUGGAGUCAAAUUUUAAAAGAAACGAACAAAUGAAUUUUUAAUUUUUUGCUAAAAAUGCUUUUACAAAUACGAAACCACAAAAUAAAAUAAAACAAAACACUUGAGAACAACAACAUUGUGUGAAAUGAUGGCACGAGCAAAGGAGCAUAUAAAUUUAUUAUAAACUAUUAUAUAUACUAACUCUAUAUAUACUUAUAAAUAUAUAUAGUAUAUAUAUAUAUUAUAUAUCAAAUUGUUAAAGAACUAUGUACACUCACACUUAACUUUUUCUCUCUGGAUCCACGCAAACUUGGCAAACAGGUGAAUACAUUUUUCAAAAUGAGAAAAAAUUUUAAAUAAAGGUUUUUUGGUACCAAAUAGGCAAUGGAUUGUAAAGCUUCAAAGUGAAUUACAAAUUUUUACACUAUUAUGUUAAUAAUAAAAAUUACGUAAACAAAUUCCAACAUGGCCCAAAAGAAUAUGCUUCUGAUUUUUUAAGUAUUAUGUACAUUAUCUACUCUAUUCGUACCACUUUUGGAGUUAUAGGCUUUAUCAAAUUUAUACAUACCCAACAAACAAAAAAAAAACAACAAAAACAAAAUGAAACGAAACAAAAUACAUAUAUUUAUUAUAUAUUUUUUAAUAUUAUGAAUUUUUAUCAAAACUACGCAACGAGUACUCAAUGAUUUUUGCUCCUAUACGUAUAUUUUUUUAGCUGAACUAAAAACACGCCAAAGAUGUCUUCUGCUUCUUUUUAAGUAUAUACCAAAUACGUACAUUAAUAUGCACAUGUAUGCCAACAUACCUACAUAAGUCGAGGAUUGAACAUUGAUUUGCGUGUACUCUAUGUAUGAAAAUCUGCGUAUGUAUGUAUGAACAUGUUGAAGAAUUUGCCUAUUACAAGAUUUCCAUUAGCAAUUGAUAAAAAUGAGGACGUAAACAAAUAAAAAACAACAAAGAAAGGAAACUCCAGCUAUAUGCAUCAAGAAAUACAAAAUCAAAUUAUGAAAAGUUCUAUUAACAAUUGCUAUAUUGUAUGUACUCGAACCUAAAAAUGGUAGAAGAAAAUUUAAAUAAAUACCAUUAUUGAGACACA